AUGUUUAUCACAAAUCCAGAGGAUGUACCCUUCAAAUACGAUGUGUACCAUCUUGCUAAGGCUGUGCGUGCUGCCCCUCUGAGUCAGGGACCAAACAUGCCUUGGCUGCCAUAUUCAAAUAACAUUGAAGAGAAUAUCAUGGUUCCAACUGUAGUUUACAACUCACUUACUUGUUUUCUGAGUGAGGGUGGUGAAGGAGAAGAAAAGAAAGAGAAGGUGAAUGCAAAGGGGCAUUGUCAGCGACUUGAUCUUUCCCUUGCUCAAGACCUCUUGAACUAUGUACGAAACGGAAUGCAGAAAACAUCAGAGCAUGUUUCCUUACCCCUAGCAUUGAAAAACCUAACCAGUUCAAAAGAGGUCAUUACUCUGUUGAACAGGUAUGGUCAUGGAAUUUUAUAUGA